AUGAGAUUCACGGCGUACAUCAUCACCGUAAUUUUUAUACAUACAGCAGCCUCAGAAUAUAAAUUACCACCUAAGAUAAUAGCCCAGCCUCCAGCAGACGUAAUUGGAUUUCACACGAAGAAAGACAAACAAAACGCAACAACACUUCAGAUCGUAUGUGAAGCCGAGGGAGAGCCAAGGCCAGAAUUUAAAUGGAUCAAAAAUGGUGAAGAGUUCAAUUGGCGGGCGUAUAACGGUCGCAUCUCGCAACUGCCGGACCAAGGUACCCUGGAAUUUUCAAAGCCUCAAGAUGAAGACGUUGGCGAGUACCAGUGUUCCGCAAUCAACAAAUGGGGCAAUGCAACCUCGAAAGCAGUUAUGCUACGAAAGAUAAAUGAUCCAAAGCCAUUAAGUAUCCAUCAAGACGUUUCCGAUGUAACUGUGGAUGUGGUCGAGGGUAGCCGUUUGAACCUCAGUUGUCACUCGCCAUACAUUUUCUGGUUUACAGCGGAUCAUUUGAACAAUCUAGACUCCAUCAAUAAGUCGCGCAUAACGUACGACCCCAAGGGUAACCUAUGGUUCAAUAGCAUCAUGAAAAGUGAUGCUAUUGAUGCUUACAACAAUACCGUGAGAUACAUAUGCGUGUGGAAGACGGACAAUGAUAAGACAUUCAAGAUUUACAAGUAUUUCACUUUGAAUGUCACCAUAGAUGCAUCAAGUGCCAGUUUAAAUGAGACCGAGCCGGUCAAGCACUACGUCAGUCCUAAGAAUAUGGUGGCACAACGUGGUAAGACAACCGAGCUAUUUUGCAUUUUCGGUGGUACGCCGUUACCCUCGAUCACAUGGUACAAGGAUGGAAGCAAGUUGCAAUUUAACCGGUCAAUAAUCACGAUGAACUAUGGCAAGUCACUGUUCAUCAAACAAGUGGAUUUCGAGGACAAAGGCACUUACACCUGCAAAGUAUCGAACGGCGUAGGUUUGAAUCAGUCCCACUCCGUAGAGCUAGAGGUCGAAUCCAAGCCCUACUUUACAGAAGAACUCUAUACAGUAAUGGAUAUUAUUGAAGGGGAAAAAAUUGAACUCAAAUGCGUGGCAAGAGGACAGCCUGAGCCUAAAAUCACGUGGAAGUACAUGGAAGAAGACAUAUCUAAAGCACCCCAUAAUCAAAGGAUAAAAGUAACACCCAACUCCAUCAUAAUUGACCAUUCGAAAAUCGGAGACGGUGGUUACUAUUGUUGUAACGCCUCCAAUUCUAUUGGCUACGUUAACAAUUAUUUUAACGUUAACGUUCUGGGCCGUGAGCCAGAACUGAAGAAGAAUGUGAAAACCGUCGAUGGAAAAACGAUAAAACUCCCCUGCUACAAUGUUCCUUGUCUUAAAAUUAGGUGGUUCAAAAAUGACGAGGAACUUAGUAGUGAAAGGUAUAGUAUUUUAAAAACUGGUGAUUUGGAAAUCCAAGAUGUUUUAUUCUCGGACGCGGGUCUAUAUCAAUAUGAGCUGCACAAUCAUUUAGGCAAAAUAAAUGCUAAGAUAUUUUUGAUUGUCAAACAGCACACGAUAAUUAAAAAUGAACCAGAAGAUGUCACAGUCAAAGAGAACGAAACAGCGAUGUUUAGAUGCGACGCCGAGACAGACUCAACCUUAAAGUUGACGAUUGUUUGGCAGAGCAACGAUAAACUCAUAAAUUUUGAGAUUGACUCGCGCUUUGUGCAAGCACUCGAUAAUUCACUAAUUAUCAAUAACACUACGGAAUCUGACUCUGGUAACUACACCUGCAUAGCUCGCACUAGUUUGGAUGAAAUCCACGCUCGGGCGACUCUUAAUGUGCAUAAAAACGAAAAGUACCUCGGAGUAGAGUCUAUUGCACCACCAUUAUUCCAUAGAGCACAAGCAAUAAACGAACUUCCACAACCAACAGCCUAUGAAACCAAUGCAUGGAUGGAAAAGUUUGAAUUAAAAAGAAAAGUUUAUAAGAUAACGACUCCUAGAUCCAAAGCAACUUUUGAGGAAAGCACUACUCCCAAAACACUAGAGGGAAAAAUCGAUAGUUGGCAAAUUGGUUCUGUAUUGGCCUUGCUCAUCCUUUUGCUUAUCAUUAUCAAUGUGAGCAAAAUUAGUCAUGACCACCAUAUUGGCAAAUACAAAGUUGGCAAAAAGAAACCAGUUGUGGAUCGCGACAACAAUCGGUGA